CCACUUCUUUCCCUCCUUCCUGUAACCCCAAUGAACCUUGGACAUUUCUUUCACAUAGAGGUUACUACAGAGGCUAUUUCCUGGAAUGAAUCAAUAAGGGAAACAAAUCACUCCAUGGUGACUCAGUUCAUUUUUCUGGGACUUUCUAAUUCUCAGGGACUCCAGAUUUUCCUAUUCAUAUUCUUUUUUGUAUCUUAUGUAGGAAUUGUGUUUGGAAACCUUCUUAUUGUCAUAACUGUGGCUUGUGACUCCCACCUUCACUCCCCCAUGUAUUUCCUGCUGGCCAACCUCUCACGCAUUGAUCUGUGUCUGUCUUCAGUCACAGCCCCCAAGAUGAUUGCUGACUUUUUCAGUAAAUGCAAAGUCAUCUCUUUCAAGGGCUGCCUUGCUCAAAUAUUUCUCCUUCACUUCUUUGGCGGGAGUGAGCUGGUGAUCCUUAUAGCCAUAGCCUUUGACAGAUAUGUAGCAAUCUGUAAACCCCUUCGCUACUCUGCAAUUAUGUGUGGCAAUGCGUGUGUUGGCAUUGUCGCUUCUACCUGGGGAACUGGCUUCCUCCACGCAGUGAGCCAAUUGGCCUUUGCAGUGAACUUACCUUUCUGUGGUCCCAAUAAAGUUGAUAGCUUUUAUUGUGACCUUCCUAGGGUCAUCAAACUCAGCUGCACAGAUGCCUAUAGGUUGGAUACCAUGGUCAUUACUAACAGUGGUGUGCUCACUGUCUGUUCUUUUAUUCUCCUAAUCAUUUCCUACACCAUCAUCCUAGUGACCAUCCAGCAUCGCCCUUCAGGCAGGUCAUCCAAGGCUCUGUCCACUUUGACUGCUCACAUUACAGUAGUUCUUUUGUUCUUUGGACCGUCUAUCUUCAUUUAUGCCUGGCCAUUCCCCAUCAAGUCAUUAGAUAAAUUCCUGGCUGUGUUUUGUUCUGUGGUCACUCCUCUCUUGAACCCAAUUAUAUACACACUGAGGAACAAAGACAUGAAAGCUGCGAUGAAACGCCUGAGAAAAUGGAAUGUGAAUUUUAGGGUAAAGUCUUAG